CAUGUACCUCUCGAAUAAACCUUAAUGAUUUUUGACAGUUUAACCGUGUACAUUUAAAGGAAUUAAUCAUUAUAAAUACAAAGAACAUAGCCAAUGGCUUACCCACAGCAAGGAUAUCCCCAACCCCCGGUAUAUGCACAGCCCGCAUAUCCCCAACAAGGAUAUGGACAUCAGAUUGGAGGAUAUCCGCAACAAGGUUACGGUCAACCAGGAUACGGCCAACAAUCGUAUCCUCAAGGGCAAACAAUUAUUGUCACUCAGCCUCAGACAGUUCAACAGCCACAGAGCAACAACGACAAAGACCGUGCGGUGCAGUGCUGUUUACUGGCAACAUUAGUGGUAGUUUGCUGCUGCUGUCUGAUGAGUGACUAGGAACCAGGGAAACUCUGGAAACUCGAACGCUUGAUUAUGAUACUUUUUAUAUUUAGAUACAUGUACAAAUGUAGAACUAUUGUGACAAGAAGGGAUUUUGCAAAAAUAUGACCGAUAUGAGUUUAUGAUUUGACAAAUUUAAACACGAGCACCACAAAUAUUGCUUUUGUUGUUGUUGUUGUUGUUGUUGUUGUUGUUUGUUUGUUUGUUUGUUUGUUGCUGUUGUUUUUACUAAAGAUUUGCUUAAAAAUCUUAUAAAAUAGUCACAUGUGAAAAAGGCUUCAUUUGAUAUUACAUGUAAUAACUUUAUUAUAAUAAUGCAAACAAUUUUCUCGUACUUUCAUUCGAACUUUCAUUGUCUUUCUCGUACUUAUAUUGGCUGACAUAAUCUGCAUAC